UGCGCUGUGCAGGUGAUGGCGGGCUGGUGGGCACGUUCACACCACAGAUGUGCCUUGUCCCAGAGAGAGAUGCGAGGAGCAGACUGCGCAUGCACCAGGGACGAGAUAGUGUGCGACCUUUGCCCCCAGCCUGGGUGCCUGACCUCGUACACAAGGUGUCGGGACUUGGAGCCGGCGGUUGACACAAUGACGACUUCCGGUGGCUGUGGACUGUUUUCUAUUUUGCAGGUGAAGACUAAUGUUAAAAUUGGGGGCAUCCUGGCUGCUCCCCUCACACCCUUCACACGUGACGGUGACGUGUGGAUGGACGCACUGCCGCAGUACGCACGCUACCUCGACACCCACGACAUCGACGGCGUCUUCAUUCUCGGCACUAUGGGAGAAGGCAUGUCUCUGACGGUGGAAGAGAGGAAGAGAGUGGCGGAAGCAUGGAUGACCCAGAUCGCCGACACCCUGAGGCUGAAGACCGUUAUUGUCCAGGUGGGCGCCGGCAACUUGAAGGAGUCUGUGGAGCUGGCAAGACAUGCUGAGGAGAUUGGAGCCACAGCCAUCGCCUGUAUGUCUCCUUCUUACUUCAAACCCACCACGGAGGAGGUUCUGGUGGAGUACAUGGCCACAGUGGCUGCGGCGGCGCCCACAACACCUUUCUACUACUACGACAUCAACUUCAUGACUGGACUUUACUUGAACACCGCACGCUUCCUAGAGGUGGCCGGCGACAAGAUCCCGUCACUGGCGGGAGGCAAAAUCUCGUCGAGAGAGUUACCCACCCUGCUGGACUGCACGCUAGUCGCGGGGGCGCUAUCAAGUGAUGAUAGGAACUGAUGAGCAAUUCCUGCCCGCGCUGGCCCUGGGCAUCGACGUGCCCAUCUUAAACGGCUUUCUGGGCGGCAUCUACCGACGACUGAAGGAGGCCUUCGACGACAACGACCUGCAAACUGCUCGUCAGCAACAGAUCCUGGCCCGUAAACUCACACAACUUCGUGAGAAAUACGGUGGGGGGCCGGCCAUGGUGAAGGGAAUCAUGCGAUGUCUGGGCGUGAACCUGGGGUCAGUGCGUCUGCCCCUCAAGGACCUGUCGGAGGAGCAGGUGGCGAGCUUAGGCCGGGACCUGCAGGACCUGGGGCUGACAGAAUAAAGCAUCUGACACACAGGAUGUCUUCUCCAGCAACUAGAAGCCUAAUUAACGGUGAUCACCAAGCAGUAGAGGGUUAAUCAGACGAUGUACACAAGACAACAAGGUGAAACAAGUACUUCACAUACGUAAACAGAACUCAGGUGAGAGGUCAACAGUCGACCCCGGACUCCAUCGCCCUGAUAAUCAGAAACUGAAGCAAGAAGCCAGCUGCGGUCCACACCAGUGUAACACAGACACAAUGGAGGUUUUCAGGAAAAGCAGAGAUUAGUUGUUGGUCCACAGACAUCGACUACUUUGUGACUGUCAUGGAGGGUGUGUCACGUGAUUGCAGCAUGCAGCUGAGCACCCAGGUGAGAAAAGGAAAUAAGUCCGGCGAUGCUUCAGUCCGAGCAAAGACAGCCUGGCAGAGAGAAAACUAUUUCUAACUUCACAGAACUUUUGAAUUAAAAGAAAGUGAUCACGA